UGGCCGCCACUCCACGUCUUUUUCAUAACCUAACUUGGUCUAUCCUAACCUAUAAAAUAAACAGCAGUGCCGUAGUUUCUGUAUUUCUUUAGAAAAUCGCAUUACCUCAACGAGUACUCACCUCAAUCACUGAACAGUUUCGAAUCCGCACGAAAAUAUCAAGGAUAAAACGGUAUCCUCCAAAAUGUCGUCGCCCUGUAGCGACAUAAUAGACGACAUCGAGGACCUGAUAUCAUCUCAGGACAUAACGCCGAAAGAGCGUUACAGCACCAAGAAAAACGUGACAGUGCGAGCCAAGCGGAAAAAGGACAUCCGCGAGGCUCCGGAGGCUACAAUCCUGUCCAGCGUCAUUCCGGGCACUCAAACCAUCUAUGUGAAGACCUGGGGCUGCACGCACAACAGUUCAGACAGUGAAUACAUGGCUGGUCAGCUGGCAGCGUACGGCUAUAAUCUAACAGAGGACAAAAGCCAGGCUGAUCUGUGGUUGCUGAAUUCAUGCACAGUAAAAAACCCAGCCGAAGAUCAUUUCAGGAAUGAAAUCGAGCUCGGCAGAUGCAGCGGCAAGCACGUUGUAGUCGCUGGCUGCGUGCCUCAGGGCGCGCCAAAAACAGGUUUCCUGACCGGUCUCAGUAUGAUUGGCGUCCAGCAGAUCGACCGGGUGGUCGAGGUGGUCGAGGAAACGCUGAAGGGAAACUCGGUCAGAUUUCUCGGUCAGAAGAAGGAGCAGGGGAAGAAGAUCGGCGGAGCAUCGCUGGCCCUGCCGAAAGUCAGACGCAACCCUCUGAUCGAGAUCAUCGCCAUAAACACGGGCUGCCUGAACCAGUGCACCUACUGCAAAACAAAGCACGCGAGAGGCGAAUUGGGCAGCUAUCAGCCGGAUGAGAUCGUCGAGCGUGCCAAGCAAGCCUUUUCUGAGGGGGUCUGUGAGCUUUGGCUUACCUCCGAGGACACUGGGACCUACGGUCGUGACAUUGGCUCCAGCCUUCCGGAGCUCCUCUGGAGACUCGUGGAAGUCAUACCCGAGGGCUGUAUGAUGCGAAUCGGGAUGACAAACCCCCCCUACAUUCUGGAACACCUCGAAGAAAUGGGCAAGAUCCUCCAACAUCCCAGAGUCUACAGUUUCCUGCACGUCCCUGUUCAGUCGGGCAGUGAUCAGGUGCUCGCAGAUAUGAAGAGAGAGUAUUGCUGCGCUGACUUUGAACAGGUUGUUGACUUCCUCCAGGAACGAGUACCUGGCGUCACCAUCGCCACGGAUAUAAUAUGUGGCUUUCCCACUGAGACAGACAAUGACUUUGAGGACACCAUGACGCUCUGCAAGAAGUACAAGUUCCCGAGUCUGUUCAUCAACCAGUUUUAUCCCAGGCCUGGAACUCCGGCUGCAAGGAUGGACAAGGUUCCUGCCCAGGAGGUCAAAAAGAGAACGAAAAAGUUGUCAGAAUUUUUUCAAUCCUACGAACCGUACGGUCACAAAGUUGGCCAGGUUCAAAAUGUUCUCGUCACUGAAAUUUCUCACGACAAAAAACAUUUCGUUGGGCACAACAAGUUCUAUGAACAGGUUUUGGUGCCCAUGAGGGACGGAUUUAUGGGCAAGAUGGUUCAGGUUCGAAUCGUAUCUGCCACCAAACACUCUAUGAAAGGACAGCCACUCGAUGAAGGAAUCUCUCCGUCGAUCAGAACUCCAUUGCCCAAAGGACUUGUCUCCGGUAUUGCUGAAGUCGCCAAACCGAAUCCAUCUGAACCAUCCAAAUACAGACUCUUUGCUCUCGUUGCAAUUUUCUUGGCAGUGUUCGCCAGAUUUUUAUGGAAAUUUUUAACUGCUUGAUUAUCACUAUUCUAGGAUAAAAAAAUUUGUCCGUGUUGUUUAUUUUUGUUUAAAUCAU